GUAAUGGGGUCGAAGGAAGUGUAGUGACGCUCAUUUUGAGGUCGAUGUGACUAUCGACGCCAUUUUUGUUAAGUUUACAGAAUAAAAAUCACGAAGAUCACCAUGGGAGGAGAUCACAUAUUUGGCAAGCUUGCCAAGUACAGGAAUAUCAUCACAUAUUCCUUGUCACCCUACGAGCAAAAUCCUUUUGCUGGAUACUUCCGCAAAGGCAUCCCCAACAUGUGGAGAAGGUUUAAGGGUCAGGUGUUCCGAGUUACACCACCUUUAAUUUUCGCCUACCUGGUUUAUAGCUAUGGCAAGAACGAGAAUGCGAGACAAAAGAGAAAGGAUCCAUCAGUGUUUGCCAAUGAUGAAUAAAGGUCCCCAAGCCACCUCCAAAGAUCUGUGCAACAGCAAGAACUAGAACUCUAAUCCAUUUGGAUUGAAACUGGAACUGGAACCCAGCGUUCAUGAAAACAAAUUAUGCUUUGUUUUGUCACAGUACACAGUUUCUUUGUGUGAAUUACUUUAUCAGCAAAAUAAAUCUUCAGCAAAAAUGUUUAAUAAUGAGUUUACCUACAUUCAGUAACCAAACACAGUGGCUUACUCAAUAGACCAUUAUCAUGGUGCGGCUAUUUUAGUUUCCCCCACUUAAUUCAAUGUAACCACACCGAGGCUGUAAGGACAAAUAGUCAGGUUCCUUUUUGUGCAAUGACUAUUGACAUCCAUUACUGGUAUUGGAUACAGGGAACCAAACCAAGAUGGUGGUAGCAUGGUACUGGUCUGUGAUAUGAGUCAGAUUGUCACAGUUGUACAGUGAGAUGUUCUAUGAGACUAACGGUCUUAAUUAAUAGUAUUUAAUUUCUUUUCCGUUUAAGUGGAAAUGAUGCAUCCAUUGCAUUGAUUUGUGUUUUAAUUAGAUAAGUUUAUAGAUUGAUUUAAAUACAAAGUUCAAAGGCUAUUUGAAAAAAACAAUCCACAUUAACCAAAACAAAACUGUUCUAUGAAACUCUCUGUUCAUCAAAUAGCAUAGUACACAUCGUAUCUUAAGAUAUUUGUAGUUUGAUGAAGAGUUGUUUGACGAUAGUUCUGAUGUGAAAAGUUAAAAACAAGAAACAAUACUCUGGAAUCAACUUCCACAUGUAGACAAUUCAGUGAAGAAUCACUACAAACAUCAGUGUGUGAUUUCAAGAAAUAUUAAACCUUUUAGAAUUUGAGUUUUCACUGAUGAGGUUUGUGACACUUACAGAACUCGUUAGACAUACACCUGUACAGCCAAAAUAUCCUUCCAACUUGUUUUCAAUUAUAAAAGCUUUUUUUCAGUUUGUAUAAUUUAAGAGUGAAAUAAAGUGUUUGGUUUGUUCACAAGAAAAA